GAAAGAGAACUGCCACAUGCAGAACGGUUCGCUUCUGUGAGUAUACACACUUCUCUACCAUGAGGAAAAUGUACAGAUUGACCAAAGCGGCUCCUGAACGGCUGGAAAACGUCCACAGCAGCUUUUGUCAAGAAACUUCAAAGCAAAACUGAGCACAAAGAAUUUUCUAUCUUCACUGGCUUACCUUUUUAAUUGAUGAUAUGAUGGCUCAGUCAGACGGACAGUACUCCAGACGGCGAUGGUUAUUCACCAUUCUCGGACUCUUCUUGUAUGUGUUUGACAUAUGGACGGACAUUGGACUGGCUCUGAAAUAUUUCCAAGAAGGUCACUAUCUGUGGAGUGGACUGACUGUAAUGUUUGUUCUGACUGGGCUGCUGGUAACCCAGGUCUUUAGCUGUGCCUGGUACUGGGACGACAUGAGUGAUGCUCUCACCUACCCAGAGAGAGAAACAACCAUACAAGGCCUGUCAAAAUGUGAACUUGCUGUCCUGCAUGUGUGCGGAAUAGGCAUCUUCACCAGAUAUUAUCUCCUGCUGAAGAAAGGCAUCGACGUGAUUUGGAGACCAACAAAUGCUGAUACAAAUGAAGAAAAAGAAGUUGAGCACAAGAAACUGUUCUGUAUGGCGACUGAUCUGAGCAUGUUGAAACUGUUUGAGGCUUUCCUGGAGAAUGUUCCCCAGCUGCUUCUACAGAUCUACAUAUUACUAGGCCACGACAAGGGCUCAGCCAUGCAGUAUUUAUCCAUGGCCUUCUCCUUCUUCAGUGCUGCCUGGGCAUUGGUGGACUAUCGCUGCUGCAUGCGCAGGUCUCAUCCCGACAUCAGAGAGAUGUCCUCUGGCCUCCCCACAGCCAUCUACCUCCUUUACAAAGUCUGUACCAUUACCAGCCACAUUCUCAGCUACAGCCUCCUCCUCAUAUUAAGCAUCUACAGCACAAUAGCCCUCACUGUCAUCUGGCUGCUGGGAACAACAUGGACACACUUCCUUGGAACCGACUUCUGCAAAUCCAGGAGCCUUGAAAUGCUCUACCGGGCAGUCAUAGGAGUCAUCCUCAUGUUCACCUUUUUCAACGUGAAAGGACAGAACACAAAAGGAGAAAUGACCUUCUAUUACUUUUUCUACUCUGUUGUAAAUGUUGCCGCCCCAAUAUUGUUGGUUUUUUUGAAGCCAGGACUGGAGGCAAGCACAUUUCUGCUGGUAGUCAUUGGUUUAAUCUUUGGCGGGUCAGUACUAGGACUGGUGUGUCUCGUGAUGUACUACCUCUUCCUGCACCCCAAAAGGGAGUCGGAUGAAGUGGACUUUGCCUCUCCCGGGGUGGUAAAGGAAACAGAAGCAACGGAAACAGUAGCAAUGGAGAGAGUAAGGAACUUCUUGCAACCUUGAUAAAGGUUCUUGUGAACCAUUUCCACGGCAUAUGACAGUGAGAGGACACAGAAAUACAUGCACAGGUUGUGAAUAUGAAACUACCAGUUUGACAGGUAAAAGACACAGAGGGAGAUGUCAUCUUGAUAGUGUGCUUGCAAGUCGCUGAUGCUGUUGUCAGGUUUUUUCCUGUAUUUGGAGGCAAAGCUUUCAUUCUCAGUAUUAAUGUCAAUAGACAACUAAACAAUUAAUUGCAACAUAUUUCAAUAUUUAAAAUAACUUUACAUAUAUAUAUUUCUUACUUAUUUAUUUAUUCCUAUUAUAUGUAAUAAUGUGCAAAUCUUAAUGGAAGCUGAAAACACCUCUUGAUAUUGCUCAACAAUAUUAUAACAUCGUCAAAUAAAAAAAUAAAAAAUGCAAUGGUU